AUGGCGCUCGGGCUGCUCAUCGCCGUGCCGCUGCUGCUGCAGGCGGCGCCCCCCGGAGCAGCGCACUACGAGAUGAUGGGCACCUGCCGCAUGAUCUGCGACCCAUACACCGCCGCACCCGGCGGGGGACCCGCGGGCGCCAAGGCGCCGCCGCCGGGACCCAGCACCGCCGCCCUGGAAGUCAUGCAGGACCUCAGCGCCAACCCUCCACCUCCCUUUAUCCAGGGACCCAAGGGUGACCCGGGGCGACCCGGCAAGCCAGGGCCGCGGGGUCCCCCUGGAGAACCGGGUCCACCGGGACCCAGGGGUCCCCCGGGGGAGAAGGGCGACUCGGGACGACCAGGGCUGCCCGGGCUGCAGCUGACAACCGGAGCGGCCAGCGGCGUCGGAGUGGUGGGCGGCGGAGCCGGGGGCGGUGGCGACUCGGAGGGAGAAGUGACCAGCGCGCUGAGCGCCGCCUUCAGCGGUCCUAAGAUCGCCUUCUACGUGGGACUCAAGAGCCCCCAUGAGGGUUACGAGGUGCUCAAGUUCGACGACGUGGUCACCAAUCUCGGCAAUCACUACGACCCCACCACAGGCAAGUUCAGCUGCCAGGUUCGCGGCAUCUACUUCUUCACCUACCACAUCCUCAUGCGAGGCGGCGACGGCACCAGCAUGUGGGCGGACCUCUGCAAGAAUGGGCAGGUUCGGGCCAGCGCCAUCGCGCAGGACGCGGACCAGAACUACGACUAUGCCAGUAACAGCGUGGUGCUGCACCUCGAUUCAGGGGACGAGGUGUACGUGAAGCUGGACGGCGGGAAGGCGCACGGAGGCAAUAACAACAAGUACAGCACGUUCUCGGGCUUUCUUCUGUACCCGGAUUAG